UCAUACCAUUCUUCUACAUUUUCCUUUGAAUCUGCUUUACCAUUGUUCCUAGUGGAUUAAAGUUAAACCAAGGGAUUUGGCGAAAGAAAAAGAGUAACAUUUAAAAUUAGACAAACACCGGAGAAUGAUCGGGGAAACUAUGGAGAAAACAAAAGUGGUAAUUGUGGGAGGUACGGGAUACUUGGGUCAGCAUCUGCUUCAAGCUUUCGCCGGCAACAAUGGCUGUGAUCUAUACGACGUCGCUUUCACUCACCACUCUUCUCCACUUCCCCGCCGUUUACUCGACGCAUUCCCUCAUUUCCCCGCGUUUCCUGUCGAUCUCAAAUCCGGUUUAGGGUUCAAUUCCAUAUCCCUGGACUUUGGUCAGCCUGAUGUGGUCGUGAAUUGUGCUGCUCUGUCUGUUCCACGAGCUUGCGAGCAAGAUCCAGAUUCCGCCAUGUCCAUCAACGUGCCUACUUCUCUUGUAAACUGGUUAUCAACUUUUGAGAGAAACAAAACCUUGCUGAUUCAUCUCUCUACUGAUCAAGUAUAUGAAGGUGUCAAGUCUUUCUACAAGGAAGAAGAUGAGACUGUUGCAGUCAACGUUUAUGGAAAAUCAAAAGUUGCAGCAGAGCUUCUCAUUAAGGAUAAGUGUCAAAACUUUGCAAUAUUGAGAAGUAGUAUCAUCGUUGGUCCUCAAACUGUAUCACCUCUCCCCAAGACUCUCCCAAUUCAGUGGAUUGAUAGCUCCUUGAAGAAGGGAGACACGGUAGAGUUCUUCCAUGAUGAGUUUCGUUGCCCCAUUUACGUUAAGGAUCUCGUGAAUAUCACUUUGAAAUUAAUAGACAGAUGGGUCGUCUCAGAUGAAAAACAGAUGCAGCUGGUUUUGAAUGCUGGUGGACCUGAGAGGCUAUCUCGUGUUCAAAUGGCUCAAGUGGUUGCAGAAGUCAGAGGAUAUGACAUGUCUUUGAUUAAACAUGUGUCUGCAUCAUUGGUUGAUCGAGGCGUGGCGUCACCAGCAGAUAUAUCUAUGGACAUAACUAAACUGAUUCAGACUCUUGAGAUCUCUCCAACUUCUUUCAAAGAUGGUGUUAGAUUAACCCUUGACGAUAUGAUGAAGAAGGCUACGGGGAAAGAGGCUAAGGCUGUAACAUUGGUCUAUUGGGACAUCAAGGAGUUUCCGGUUCCCCCUGGCUUUGAUGCACGUCGGGUCCGUCCGUGCAUUAAUCAGUUGUUGGAAACUCAUGGCUACUCUGGUCCUAUCACCAUCUACGCCGUUGGCAUACUAACAGACGUCCACGUUGACAUCCUUCGAGCUCUCUCUUCCACUGGGAUCAUUCUUUGUUACUCCCCCUUCGGUAUCACAGACAUCAUGUCGCUUAUGUUUAAGUGGAUGCGCAACAAUUCACCUCCAGCUAAUCUUUUGGGCAUAUGCGAUCCGGAUGCCUUCCCUCCACCUAAGAGUGGAUUCAACCUUUUCAGUCCGUUUCCAUGUUCUUCUCCUGAACAAGAAGACUCCAUCAGCUGGAUUAACUUAAUUCUGACAGUGUCAGGAACACUUCAGGAGGAUAAGUGCAGUGAAACGGUUGAAUCCGCCACCUGGUCUUGCUUAGCAUGCAAAUCUCUUCAUGGCGAAGGCUUUGAAACUUUCACCGGUCAUCUCUCUUCCCAAGAACAUAAAGAUAUGUAUAGGGAGUACUUGCCUGUCGAGGAUUAUCUACCCUUGCCGAGAUUGAGGGACGAGGAUGAGAACCCUCCCACCAUUAAGGCUACUCCGGAGGAGGCUGAGGCUGUAACAUCGGUCUUUUGGGACAUCAAUAUGUUUCCGGUUCCACCUGGCUUUGAUGCUCGUCUGGUCCGUCCCUGCAUCAUUCGGUUGUUGGAAUCUCAUGGCUACUCUGCUCCUCCCACCAUUUACGCCGUUGGCAAACUAACAGACGUCCAUGAUGACAUCCUUCAAACUCUCUUUUCCACAGGAAUCACUCUUUAUUACGCCCCCCAUGGUUCCGCAGACAUUGUGUCGCUUAUGUCUCAGUGGAUUUCUACGAAUCCACCCCCAGCUAAUAUUUUGGGCAUAUGCGAUCCAAGAGGCUUCCCUCUACCUUUGAAUGGAUACAACCUUUUCCGGCCGUUUUCCUAUUCUUCUCCUAAACAAGACUCCAUCCUCUGGGGAAGCUCUCUUCUGGCAGAUUCAGGGGCUCUUGAAGUGGAUACUUGCAGUGAAACGGGUGAGUGGUAUUGCUUACUAUGCGAUAAUGUUGGUGGCAGAAGCUUUAAAAGUUUCACCAAGCAUCUCUCUAGUCGAAGCCAUUCACAUGAGGUUGAUCGCGGCGUGGUGUCACCAGCAGAUAUCUCUAUAGACGUAAUUAAACUGAUUCAGAAACUUGGGAUCUCUCCAACUUGAUGAUGUUUAAAUGUAAAAGAAACGGCACGUAGUCUA